AUGUUCUCUAGAAUAAAAGGUGCUAUUGACCGCAGCAUCGCCGAAGAGCAAGCUCGUCAGAAAGCACUCACCGAGCAAAGAUCUGCUACUAGUUCCCCUUCCGCCUCUGGUCAACGCCCGCGAUCGGUUUCGAGGACAAAUAGCACCAACUCUUCCGCUAGAAGGAAGACCAAGAAGCCGAGCCAGGAUACUUCGAAUAGCGACGGCGCCGCGAACACCGACCCCGCCGUUUUUGAAGCCGCCUUCGUACUUGACGACGAUGAUAUCGAAAAUGCCCCUGCCCAGCCGGCGGCACCAGAGAAGACGGUAGGGGGGACUUCGUCGGUUAAUGAAAAGGAUGACAGCGCGACUGAGCGAAAUGGCGAAGCAAAAGACCAUGUUGGCAGUGGAGAAGAUGAUAAUCCCAAAGCAAGCCUGCCCACUGCACCGGCAGAACUCCCUCCUCAUGUAAGGAGCAAGCUUAGGAAGCUCGAGAAACUAGAAGCCACAUAUCCAGAACUGUUACGGUCGUAUAGAAUCGCACAUGGACGGGCCACGUCUAUCGAACCAUUUGAACGGGCCUUACGCGAGAAUACGCCCUUAACUACCAUCAAAGACCCAGCAGCCCUCGUUGAGUACCUGAACCAGUUAAACCUAAAGGGUGAUAUGGUUAUGGAGGAGUUUAAGCGUGUCUCGGGCGAGAAGGAUAGCUUUAAAAAGAAGUUUGAAGAAGCUGACAAGGAAUUGAGCACCCUUAGAGACGAACUUGCUACUCUCAAAGCCGCCAAGGCCGAAGAGGUACCAAUGCAGACAGAUAGCCAGGCAGGAAGUACGUUAGAAGAUAAAAGGGUCGCCGAGGAUACGAAACAAGCUGCGUCGCCUUCUGCAAGCAAGUCGCCUGUAUCAUCCAUCUUGGGCGUCUUUUCCCCAAGGCAAAAACCUGUAGCUAUCGAGGAAUCUAAGGACUUGAGCGAGGACAUGUUUUCCUAUGACGAGGAAAUCCCUCAGCUCCAGGCCGAGGUCGCGUCGAAGUCUGAGGAGAUCGCCAAGCUUACGUCUGAGAUCAGUAACCUGAAGGAAGAACUAACAGUGGCCAAAGAGAAUAGUGCUGGCUUGGUAGAAAGUCUUGAAAAGGCUACGCGGGAAUUAAGCGAUACUCGGGAUGAUGUUGCUACUCGGGAAUCCAUGCAGACACAGCUGGACGCAAGGAACGCAGAGAUUAGCGCACUCACAGAAAAGCUCGAGCAGACUCGAUCAGCGUUGCGAAGCUUGGAAGCCAACCUCGAGGCCGAAAAAUCGAAGGCAGCAUCUACGAUAAAGGAGAAGGACACAAUUCUCCAGGCUUCUAAUACUAGGAAUACAGAGUCUGAUGAAGAGUUCAAAAAGCUGAAUGAAGCAAAAUCUCAGUUGGAGAUCAAAAUCCGAGGCCUGACUAAUGAAAUUGACUCGCUGAAGAAGGAAAAAGCUGAAAGCGAUGAGAAGAUUGGGCAGCUAAACAAGCAAAUCCAAUCUGCUGUCCAAUCUCGUUCGCCCACACCAAACUCAUUAGGAGUUCCCGCACCUACGGCUGGCGGAUCAAAGAAGAAGAAUAAGAAGAAGAAGAAAGGCGGUGCUUCCACCGAUACCCCGGAAGCUGCUGCAAAUGAAACGUUAGAUCAUGUUCAACCAUCUGUCCUCGAGGAUCCGGGGACGGAGGCUCUCAAGAUCGAAGUCUCGAAGUUGAGAGAUGAGAUCUCCCAGAAGGAUACUCAAAUCGAGCGCCUAUCGAAACAGAGGAAGACCGAGGAAGACCUUAAGGAGGAGAUUGACAACAUGCAGGAAAGCUUGCUUAACAUAGGGCACGACCAUUCAGAACUGUCUACACUCCGUCCGAAAGUAAGACAACUCGAAGACGAAGUUGCGAAGUUAAAGAAAGAGAAAGUUGCCACUCGAGAGGAAAUAGAGCUGAAGGUGCAACAGUUCAACAAUGCCCAGGGUCUUCUUAGCUCUAUGCGCGAUCAAACAGCCGAGCUGUCGAUCCAGCUUAAGGAAGCGCAAAGCCAGACGGAGAGUCUCGAAGAAGAAUUGGCGGAAGUCCAGAAGCACCUCUCGGAGCGGACGCGCGAGGGCGAAACGAUGCGUCGGAUGUUAGCUGACGUCGAUGAGCGAGCGGACGCAAAAAUACGAGACAUGCGUGCUAGGAUGGAAGCGGCCGUUGAGGAGCGCGAUCGCAUCGAAGAUGAAUUAUCCACCCUGGCUCGGCGUCGCGCGCGAGAGUCCGAAGAGCUGAAGGUUAAAGUGCGCGAGUUCGAACGCGAGAUUCGAACACUCACCAGUGAGAAAGAGGAACUAGAAGCGAGGGAGAGAGAGUGGCGUCGCCGUCGUGAGGAGCUUGAGCAGAUUGAAGAAAAAGCCACAGCCGAGGUAGAGGAUAUGCGUGCAGCAGUUACUAAUCUACGGUCUGCCUUAGAUGCAUCGGAGCAACAGGUACGGGAGGCAGAAAAGCAGCGCGCAGACUUGCGCAAGCUUCUAGAAGAAGCGAGAGGCCGGUACGAGAAAGCGAACAAAGAGCUCAAGAACAUCCAGGCUAGAUUCAACGUUGGUGGUACCACGCCAAAUGUCGCAAGCAGUGGAAGAUCCAGCAUUGAUUCUACCCGAAGCGGUGUUAAUGGUGCCGCCAGCAGUACCGGUUCCACCGUUCCGGAUACGAUGUAUCUCAAGACUAUUCUACUACAAUUCCUCGAGGUGAAAGACGAAAAGGUCCGAUCACAGCUGGUACCAGUGUUAGGAAAGCUUUUGCGGUUUGAUCGCAAUGAUGAACAGAAAUGGAUGGCAGCAGUUCAGCACUUGUCGAGACCAGGCAGAUAG